GUCACAAUGGUCUGCUACGAUCACGAGAACGUGAGCUUCUUCUACAACCACAGCAAGAAGAACAUCAGCGAACAGUGGCACACCAAAGACGUGGUGGUGGUGUCUCUGGGACUGUUCGUCUGCGCCUUCGUCAUCUUCACCAACAUCCUGGUCAUGCUGGCCAUCUUCAUGAACCGCAGGUUCCACUACCCCAUCUACUACCUGCUGGGGAACCUGGCGGCGGCCGACCUGUUCGCAGGCGUCUCCUACAUGUACCUGAUGUUCCACACGGGCCCCUGGACCAUCAAGCUGUCCGUCCAGCAGUGGUUCCUGCGGCAGGGUUUGAUCGACACCAGUCUGACGGCGUCGGUCAUUAAUCUGAUGGCCAUCGCGCUGGAGCGCCACCAGACCAUCUUCACCAUGCAGCUGCACAGUAAGAUGACCAACCACCGGGUGGUGCUGCUGAUCGUGGGCAUCUGGCUCAUCGCCAUCGUGCUGGGUCUGGUGCCCUCCAUGGGCUGGAACUGCCUCUGUGACGUCCAGCAGUGCUCCAACAUGGCUCCGCUCUACAGCCGCAGCUACCUGGUGUUCUGGGCCGUGCUCAACCUGCUGUCCUUCACCGUCAUGCUGGCCGUCUACACGCGCAUCUUCGUCUACGUGCGCCACAAGAGCCGCCGCAUGAGCCAGCACACCUCACAGGUCAAGCACAAGGAGACGGUGGUCAACCUGAUGAAGACCGUCGUCAUGAUCCUGGGAUGUUUCGUGGUGUGCUGGACGCCGGGGCUGGUGCUGCUGCUCCUGGACGGUUUGUGUAAAUCCUGCAAUGUCAUGACCUACGAGAAGUUCUUCCUGGUGCUGGCCGAGUGCAACUCCUUCAUGAACCCCAUCAUCUACUCCUACCGGGACAAGGACAUGCGGGACACCUUCAAACGCCUCCUGUGCUCCCCGUGUGUGGGGUGGCAGCAGAAGGACGGGCAGUCGGGCGUCCGCUUCAACACCCUGGAGCAAGAGGUACUCUCGGAGAGCGACGGGACCAGCGCGCCAGCAGCAAACCAUCGCUCGAGCACACGCUAAAGCUGAACUCUGUGCUCCUGCCAUCACAUAUCACAGUCUAGCUGUCAAACAUGAGCCGCAGUGUUUGUCUGUCUGUGCAGUUUUAUAGCAAAGUGUCAUUUUAGCAUUGCUUCU